AUGGGCUCGUACGAUGAAAAUCCUGCAUUGAAUACCAUUAUGUACGAAGUCGAGUUCAAUGAUGGUGCUAUCAAGGAAUAUGGCGCGACAACUAUUGCCGAAAACAUUCUAACCCAAGUCGAUGACGAUGGAUUCUCUAGCCCAAUGCUCAAAGCAAUCGUGGACUGGAGGAAAGAUCCGAAGACAGCUGUGAGAAAGAAGGACCAGUAUGUCCAAUCUCAUAGUGGCAGACGUCAACGUAAGACCACAAAGGGUUGGGAGCUCAAGAUUCUCUGGAGUGAUGACAGCCACAGUUGGAUUGAUUUGAAGUAUAUGAAAGAAUCGAACCCUGUAGAUGUGGCCGAGUUUGCAGUUGCAAAGAAGAUUGAUGACGAACCUGCCUUCAAAUGGUGGGUACCGUACACUAUUCGCAAGCGAGAUGUCAUUACUGAACAUCCAAUGGUUGGACUGCAACUGCAGCUGCAGCUGCAACUGCAAUUCUUUCUUCCAUUAAUAUUUCUAGUGGAAUGCAUCACAAUUCCAAUUGCCGAUGCAUUUGUGACAUUACAACAUCAACAUGGAAAUAAAAAGAAUCGAAUAAGCCAUCAUCAGUCGCUGAGUUGGAAAAACAAGUGCUGGCGUCGCUCUUCACUUGUUCAAGAGUCUCAGUCGUCCACCUCAAUAUCAUCAUUAGCAUCAUCAUCAGCAUCAGCAUCAUCAGCAUCAGCAUCAUCUCCAAUAACCUCCAGCUUUGAACAAAUACUCUUUGAUCACUUGGGACGAAAUGAGCAAGAAAGACCAGACACAACGUUGCAAUUGGAAAUGACGCAGCUUGGUGUUGCGAUUGAGUUACAAGACAAUGGGAUUCAAGCUCCCCCAGGAUGGUCCGAAGUAUCGGGACACCUGGUCUGGGAUGUGAAGAUUGACUUCACCCGGAAGGCUAGAUGGGUCCUAGACGGACACAAGACGCCUGAUCCAACUUGUUCUCAAUAUGCUGGAGUGGUGUCGAGAGAGAGUGUGCGCAUUGCGUUCACCUACGCUGCAUUGAAUGAUCUCGAAGUAUGCGUGGCGGACAUUAGAAAUGCAUACCUCCAAGCCCCGUCAUCACAGAAGGAUUAUAUCGUUUGUGGCCCAGAGUUUGGAUUGGAAAACGUUGGCAAGGUUGCUCUUAUUCAUUGUGCAAUUUAUGGCGGCAAAACUGCUGGACGUGAUUUCAGAAAUCAUCUACGUGCUUGUAUGCGACACCUGGGAUUCGAGUCUUGCCCGGCCGACCCGUAUGUUUGGAUGAGGCCUGCUAUUAAAGCCGAUGGACAAGAAUAUUGGGAAUACAUACUGCUGUACACCGAUGACUGCCUCUGUGUAUCUGAACAUCCAGAACGAACGCUAAGAAACCAAGUUGGGAUAUAUUUUCUGUUGAAAGAUAAGAGCAUUGGUCCACCAAAGAUCUAUCUUGGCGGUAAUGUGCGACAGGUGACGCUUGAUCACGGUGCCAAAGCUUGGGCAUUUGGAUCAUCAUCUUACGUACAACAAGCCGUCAAGAAUGUUGAGAAGUACCUGAAUGAUUGUCACACUGCUGGUGACAAGAGAUUCAAAAUACCUGCAAGCGCGAGGACACCAAUGCGGACUAGUUAUCGAGCCGAGUUGGACACGAGUCCGGAGCUGGAGCCAAAAGAUUCUUCGUACUACAUGUCCUUGAUUGGCGUUUUGAGAUCGAUCGUGGAACUCGGUCGAGUCUUGAAUAUAUUCGGUUACUUAAAGAAGCACCACAAUGCUGAGUUGGUGUUUGACCCCAAUUAUCCUGAGAUUGACAAAGCUGCUUUUGCCAGAAAGGAUUGGUCAACGAGCGAGUUUGGUCACUUGGAAGGCAAAGAAAUGUUGCCCCCAAAAGCACCGAAGCCCAGAGGUCGCGGCUUUAUCACGCGAGCAAAAGUGGAUGCAGAUCAUGCAGCCAAUAUUGUGACACGUCGAUCGAGGUCGGGAUUCUGUGUCUAUAUUAACUGUGCGCCUGUCUAUUGGUUCUCUAAGAAACAAACCUCUGUUGAGACAAGUAGUUUCGGAAGUGAGUUCUGUGCAAUGAAGCUAUGUUGCGAGUAUCUAAGAGGCUUGAGAUACAAGUUGCGGAUGAUGGGUAUACCAGUUGAAGGUCCUGUUUUCAUCUAUGGAGACAACCAGUCAGUCUUGGCAAACACUACCAUUCCGGAAUCUCAAUUGAAGAAAAAGUCGCAAAGCAUCGCAUAUCACUUUAUCCGUGAGGGAGUUGCCAGAGUUGAGUGGAGAACUGCGUACGUUAACACUCAUGACAAUGAAUCUGAUCUGUUCAUAAAGUUGCUGCCUUCUGGCCCAAAGCGGGAAGGCUUUGUACGCCGAUUCCUGCAUCAUAUCUUCAGAAGUAAAGGCUGA